UUUCGAGCCUACGCCUGAAGUCCAAUAGCUCUUUGCACUACAGGCAAAGUGUAAAUGGCAGUCAUCAAGGCAGGCGCUCUGGUCAAAACAAACAGGAGAGACACGCAGAGAUAUCUCCUCAAGGCUGCCGCCAUUGCUGCUGGACUGUGCGGCGAGACCGCUGCCCACGACUGAUGCUGCCGUCAACAUGUCGGUGACAUUGCAUACGAAUCUGGGUGACGUGAAGGUAGAGAUCUUCUGCGAGGCGGUACCGCGAUCAGCGGAGAACUUCUUGGCGUUGUGCGCGAGCGCGACUUACGACGAUGUCUUAUGGCACCGCAAUAUUAAAGAAUUUAUGAUCCAAACGGGCGACCCGACUGGAACCGGCAAAGGUGGCCAGUCAAUAUGGGGCUCCCCAUUUCCUGACGAGAUCCGAUCGACUCUGAAGUUCAACGCACGCGGGAUUCUCGCGUGGGCCAAUUCCGGACCGAAUACGAAUAAAUCGCAGUUCUUCAUCACGUACGGAAAGGCACCGCAUCUGGACGGCAAGUACACCAUCUUUGGGCGCGUGAUCGAUGGCGCCGAAGAUGGCGGGACGCUCAGCGUGAUGGAGAAGGUCCCUGUCGACGCCAAGAAUCGCCCGACCAAGGGCAGAGAAAUACGCAUGAAGGGUGUCACGGUCCAUGCGAACCCUGUUGCGCUGGCCGCCAAGGGCGGGCUUGACUGAGAGAGAGGAGGAACCGGGUGUUCGGGAGGAUGGGUCCAAGAAGAUUCCCUCAUUCAUCGUGUAGCAUAUGCAAUCAUCUCACGCGCGACGCGCGUCAAAUGCCCACCCACCUUCGUGUGCAC